CUUACUCAAACACACACUCUCACGCGCGCGCACACACGCACACAUACACACACGCGCACACAACCAGCAAGGAACGCACGGAAACCUGGGGGGCGAGAUAUUAAACAGACCAGGAGAGACCGCCACCACCCCACCCCCAAAACAGAAGAAGAAGGAAAACUACAAUAAAGAAAGACUUUGCAUAACGCAGAAGGAGCAAGCGUUCUUCUAUAUAAAAGACACAUAAAUAAAAGGAAACAAAGACAGCGAUGUACAUCAACACAGAGAAUGACAACAAAGGCACAGAGUCUAUCAGUGUGAUCCUGAUCUCCCUUGCUGUGACUGUCUGCGCUGCAGCCAUGGUUGUAAUGUGCGGGAUCUGCCAGUGGUGCCAAAGGAAGCUGGGUAAACGGAACAAACCAACACUGGAGAUGGUGGGGACCCCAGAUUCUAGCAGGGCACGCAGUGAAUCAAAAGCUAUCAAUGAUCUAGACAGAGACUUUUGGAAUAACAAUGAAAGCACAGUGCACCAGAAAUGGAGUUCCUAUCCUCCCAAGGAGUUCGUUCUAAAUAUUUCACCCUAUGCUCCAUACGGCGACCCACGCCUGACCCUCAAUGGCUCAGUCCCAGGGGGUCACAAAGCUGCGGUGUCUGGAGUGGGUCCUCCUGGGGGUGAUAAGGAAGGAGGCCGCCCUCUAGGACAGCCCAUACGUAGCAACAGUGUGAAAAGCAGCAGUUCUGGAGUCAGCAGCCGCAGCGAGGUGCUCAAUGGCAGGGCUGGGAAGGCUGGGCGCUGGCAAACUGUACAGAGCCACAUGCAGUCGGGCAAGCUACGGCCGGCCAACUUUGAUGAUCCCUCCCUCUCCGCUGCAUCAACACUGGAGCAUAUCUCCUCAACAGCUUCAGGGGGCUGCCAGCGUCCCCGCACUCUUGUCCGGCAGCAGAGUCUGCAGCAACCACUGAGCCAUGCGCCACCCCCUAGCCUGGGCGACCUUCCUCCCACCAGCCAAAGCCUGGGACAGUUGCACCAACAGCCUCCCUCAAGUGCCAGCAGUUCCAGUGGGGUGGGGGGAGGAGGAAGGGCAAGCCGGGGGAGUGCACAAACACGGCAGGGGGUCUCAGCAGGUAGCUCACGGUACCGAGCCACAGGGGGGCGCUCACGCUCUAAUCCUGGCAGCUGGGACCACGUCAUGGGGCAGAUCCGCAAUCGUGGGCUGGACAUGAAGUCUUUUCUAGAAGGCCGCAUGGUGGUGCUAUCACUCGUUCUGGGUCUCUCAGAGCAGGAUGAUUUUGCCAAUAUUCCCGACCUGCAGACUGCACCAGGCCAGCAAAACCAGAACGCCCCACCGGACAAGAGGUUACCCGCAGGCAGUAAGGCAGUAAACACUACCCCUGUGCAGGGACAGCUGCCCCAGGAUGAGUUGGACCGCCGCACAGACACCAGAUCUUCCGUUUCUGACCUUGUCAAUUCUCUCACCAGUGAGAUGUUAAUGUUAUCACCAGGAUCAGAAGAUGAUGACUCACAUGAUAUGCCUGGUCGGGAGAAUUUGGGCCGUAUCCAGUUUAGUGUUGGAUACAACUUCCAUGAGUCUACACUAACAGUGAAGAUCCUUAAAGCUCAGGAACUGCCAGCAAAAGACUUUAGCGGAACCAGUGACCCAUUUGUCAAAAUCUAUUUGUUGCCUGAUAAGAAACACAAGUUAGAAACCAAAGUGAAAAGAAAGAACUUAAACCCACACUGGAAUGAAACCUUCCUGUUUGAAGGUUUUCCAUAUGAGAAAGUUGUCCAGAGAACGCUAUAUUUACAAGUAUUAGACUAUGAUCGAUUUAGUAGAAAUGAUCCAAUUGGGGAGGUUUCAAUCCCACUCAACAAGGUGGACUUGGCCCACAUGCAGACAUUUUGGAAAGAGCUCAAACCCUGCAGCGAUGGCAGUGGAAGUCGAGGGGAGCUGCUACUUUCUCUUUGCUAUAACCCGACAGCCAACACCAUCACUGUGAAUAUCAUUAAAGCACGAAACCUCAAAGCCAUGGAUAUUGGAGGCACCUCAGAUCCCUAUGUCAAAGUGUGGCUAAUGCACAAGGAUAAGCGAGUAGAGAAGAAAAAGACAGUGGUUAUGAAACGCUGCCUUAAUCCAGUUUUUAAUGAAUCCUUUCCCUUUGACAUUCCAACGGAGCGACUUCGAGAAACUACUAUUAUCAUCACUGUCAUGGACAAGGACAGACUCAGCCGUAAUGAUGUCAUUGGAAAGAUUUAUUUGUCUUGGAAGAGCGGCCCAGGAGAAGUCAAACACUGGAAGGACAUGAUUGCAAGACCACGCCAGGCUGUGGCUCAGUGGCACCAACUGAAGGCGUGAGGCUUGAACUCCUUCUUCUCUCUGUCAACCACUUGAGCAACGCAACGCGGAAUCUGCUAAGAAAUACAAGCAAUCAAAAUGAGGAAUUGAAAUAGAAUCUCAUCAACUGGGGAAGGGAUUGGUUGCCUAUGAAAUCAGUUAAAGACCCCCUAUUUUAUAUGCACAAAAGAAGCACUGAGAGCUCGUUGGCAGCCAAUUCGCUAAACGGGUACAACUUCAGCCAUCUAUCUAUCUAUCUAUCUAUCUAUCUAUCUAUCUAUCUAUCUAUCUAUCUAUCUAUCUAUCUAUCUAUCUAUCUAUCUAUCUAUCUAUCUAUCUAUCUAUCUAUCUAUCUAUCUAUCUAUCUAUCUAUUUUCAAGCAGUAAUGGAGUAAAUGAUGACCUGUGUGUCCAGGGGUCCACUCCCUACAGCCUAGCUGAGUGUCCUUCUUUGUGAACCUCUGCUGUCGCUGUUUCUUUUAAAAAAGAACUUUUUUUCUGGCACUGGCACAAAAGAAAUCCAUUAAUAAUUUGUUGUCUGUUCCUACGGUGUGUGGUGUGAUGUAGCUCCUGACUUAGAGGUAAAAAAGAAGAAUAUAGCUUUCUAUAUGAAUCCCUUAGAAGUCACAAAAAGACAAUGAGACAGACUUUUCAGUCUUUGAAUGAGAAACCACUGAACCCCCCAGUUGGGAUAGAUCAUUGACCCUUCGUUUCACAUCCAUGGCCUAUAUUGCCAACAGACAUUUCCAAAAAGAUCGAGGGGGCCUAUCCAAUGGAAUGGAGGGGUUGAUUAUGGAUCAAAAGUGAGGUUGGGGGGGGUUUGGCCAAGGCAUCUCUCACACGCAAUUGUGUUUGUUGGUGUGUGCGUGUGUUUGUGUUUUCCCUGUAAAGAACAGUAAACAAAAGAGCUCUUGUGCUCACAUUUUGAGUUUUUAUGCUGUUUGUUUAAUUUAUUUAUUUAUUUUUUGAUGCUGGCUACAGAGUGUGUGGCUCAGUAUAAACAUUAAUCUGCACUUUUGUUUAACAAAAUGCAAGCAUUUAAUAAUUAAAUGAACAUUUAAAGGGAGGGGUAAUGAGUUAAGGGCUGGUUUGAUUUAGAAGAGGCAGAGCUGAGAGCUGGCUGAUGGGAUUCCUGCCUGCCGCCUUGCACACAAGGUACAACCCCAGGAUCUCUUGUAUAUCCUAGGCGGCAGCACUGUUUCCUCUGUUUCUUCUCUCACUUGUGGUUGGUUGUCUCUCCCUCAUGACACAUCUUUUCAAAUUCCAUUUUAAACAUUGAAGACGUUCAGAGGCAUCAUUACAGUAUGUUUCAACCAGUAAAGCCAUUCCAACACAUCCCUAUUUGUUGUAUAACUGUCAAAAUCACUUUACUUGAAAAGAGAUGUGGUGGAUAUGUAAUAAUUAAACAUUCAGUCUGCCAGCCUUCUUUCAUCCAAGCCAGCCAAUGUUGUGUUUCUGCAGAGGCAAGGAGGCAUUGGGAUAACUUAAAAACUUUGAUGGAUGGGAUAAUUUCAUACAAUGUAUUGGUUGCUUAUAACUGAGUAUUCCUUAAAGUUUUAUCAUACUAUUAGUUUCAGGUUGCAGAAAGUAUUUUUCUCAUAAAUGUGUUUACAUGUUGACAAUAUUAACUGAGGACAAAAUAUUGUUGCUAGGUAAUACCUUAUUUCAGCCUUGGAGUGUGUCAGUUUUCCCAUCACUACAAGAGGGUGCCACUGGUUAGUCUUCUUGUUCUUACUUUAGGGAGAAUCUAGGUUUUGACUGUAACCAUAAUAUCCUUCUUUUUCUUUUUCCUCUUUGUCUUCUCCCACUUAUAUGUUGGGUCGAUGUGCUUGAUCAACCUUCUCAGUACAGAACAACCUUAGCUAUAUAGCUCAGUCCUGCACCUCCUCCUCAGUCAAAUGUUUUUCCUUCAGAUCCAUUUUUACUUUAUCCAUCCACCUUCACUUUGGCCUCCCUCAUUUUCUCUUCUCUUUACAGUGAUCCCCUGCCUAUCGCAGAAGUUACGAUCCAGACCAGGGCCGGAUUUUCCUAUAGGCUAACUAGGCUUCAGCCUAGGGCCUCAAGAUCAAGAGGGGCCUACAUUCAAAUUGUUAGCAAAAUUUUAUUAUCUCUCAUGUAAUUUACAAACUUAAAAAUGGAAGGUGAAAGGGCCUCAUAAGUGGAAUAGCCUAGGGCCUCUUUUCAUAUAAAUCCGGCCCUGAUCCAGACCCAUCAGCGAUAGGUGAAAAUCUGCGAUAUAGAAAGACCAUAUAAAUAAACUUUUUUUUUAUAGUUUAAGCCUUAAAAUACCCCUCCCACAUGCUUUAAACAUAUGUAAACUUAUUAAAACACACUUUGUAAACACAUAUGAUAUGUGGAUGUCGUACUAAGGAUAUGAGUAACAUCUCUCUAUUAUAAAAAAAAAUCUUGGCAGGGAGACCAGGGAGAUGAGGCUUGAUCUUCUCAGAAGACAAUUUGACAUCCCGCAAGAGACAUUUUAAUGUCACGCAAGACAAGGCAGUGAGACAGGACAGCUGCUGUACAGGCUUUUAAAUGAUCGACGCACAGAGCGACAAGCAGAACAGGAAUCUUGGCAGAAGCAACACAAAGCCAGUAGCUGAUCCGUCUACUUCUCCUUAGCAUGUGUUCAACUCUCCCCCUUCACAAUGCGAGCAUGAGAGACGUGAAGUGGCAGGAGCGUAGUAUGUCUCUUGGGGGGUUUGGGGGGGUGUUAGUUGAGUGAAGCGAUCGAGACCAGGUCAUCUCAGAGAGACACAUUGAUAACACGCAAGACUAGACAUUACAACCUUAGGAAGCAAAACCCGUGAGACGGUGACUUUUGCACGUCACGCCCUACUUACAAACAAUUUAACACAAGUUCACUGACAUCUAACCUAGCAGCUGUUGGAAUGCUUUUGGAAGACACACUUCAGGUGCUCCCAGCUCUUAAGACAACGACAAGCAGAACACGCAGCUUGCCAGCAGCAGCUGCAGCAAGCCAGCAGAUGAUCUGAGCACUUCUCCUUAGCGUGCAUUCAGCAGAUGAUCUGAGCACUUCUCCUUAGCGUGCGUUCAGCCCUCACACACUACCCCCUUCCUCCUCCUCCUCCUUCAGAAUGCUAGCGGCAGAGACGUGAAAUGGCAAAAGGACAGCUGCUGUACAGGCUUUUAAGUGAUUGACGCAAAGCGCGACAAGCACAGCACAUAGCUGGCCAGCAGCAGCAGCAAGACAGCAGCUGAACUGAUCGCAUCUCUUUAGCAUGCAUUCAGACCCCCCCUUCACAAUGCGAGCAGCGUUAUAAGUCCCGCGAGAAAGAGAUUUAACCACGCCCGGGGCAGGAAAAAAAGGACAAAUAUUGUUUUUACAAAAGUUUUAAAGUAAAAGUGAAAAUAAUGCAUACGUAUCAAUUCCCAUGAAAAUAACAAUCUCUUUAAAUUGUUUAUCCGGUAAACCAAACCCGGGGGUGGGUAAGCGAGGCCCACAUAACAAUAUUAAUAAAUCUGUGAUGUAGCAGGGGUGCAAUAGCUGAACCGCGAUAAUGCGGCGGGAUCACUGUACUUCCAUUCCAUCAGUCUUUUGUCCACAUAUUCAUUGUCUCUCCUCAUCACAGGUCUAUACUACGUCAACUAACUUUCCUGUACUCUCUUAGAUUUCUCUCCCACUUUUGUUGUACAUCUGAUUGUCUCAUUUCAGUUCUGUCCUUUUUUGUAACUACACACAUCUAUCUCAACAUUUCACUUCUGCCACAUCUAACUUCUUUUCCUGUGCCCCCUUUACCCCUCCAUACACCAUUGCUGGUCUUUCUCUGUCUUGAAAAUCUUAUCUUUAACCUUCGCCUCAGUUCUUCAACCACACAAUACUCCUGAUCCCUUUUUCCAAUUGUUCCUUCCACAUUGCACUCUAUAGGUUAAUUCUGCAUCUAAAUUUCCAUCAUGGGCUACAGCUGAUCACAGAUAUUUAAAUGUAUCCACCCUUUAAGCUAAAUUAUGAAUCCUGAUCAUCAUUAAACCUUAUAUAUUCUGUCUUGUUCCUAUUUAUCUUCAGCCCUCUAGCCAAAGCCCUUCUCCAUUCUUCCAACUUCUUCUUCACUUCCCCUUUUCUGGCACUACACAACACAAAUUCAUCAGCAAAAAGCAUGCUCCAGGAUUAUUGGACUUUUUAUCCCAUGACCAUGGAGGCAAACUAGACCCAACUUGGUGCCAGUCCCAAACCAGAUGAAUAGAGGGGGUUAGUGUCAGGAAGGGCACCCAGCUGUUAAACUUAGCCAAAACCUUAAUUCUGGAAUCAAUCCAAUCAGCUUUGAAAAAUGUGACAUUUCCAUUAAUGUCAAACAUACAGGUAUACCCUUAUUACAGAGCUAAUAGUACAAGUUUUUUUUUUUUUCAAAUCUGGUAAAUAUUAAUAAAUUGUUGUGAUAUAUUUAAACUCAUUUCCCCAUUCAAUUUUUAGUCAUACUCACUGACAUUUUUGACAUGAAAAUUCUGGCCAGAACUGGGCUCUCUCAAUUGGCAUCAGGACAUUGUGAUACCCUCUGACAUUAUCAUCAUCUGAUAAAAUACAACUAUAUAGAUCCAGAUGCUAAGUAAAGUGAGAGCCUUGCCACCACCCACUACAAUAUAUUGGUUAUGAACUCCCUAAAUUGAAACAGCAAUACCUUAAUUUAAGUGUCACGCAGCUUUGAAGUGAAAAAGGAAACACAAACAGCUGAAAAAACUAUUUUCUGAAUACCUGUUAUUUCCACACAAGGACUAAAUACUUCCUUGAAACAGAGCCUCAAAGAGAAAACGUGAGACUUUCUUCAUGGCGUUUUAAAACUAAGAUGGGGUGAAAAUCAAAAUGUCUCUUUGCCCAAUCAAGGGAGCAAAUGGUAUUGGAUUUUCAUACUUUUCAUUAGGGUUGUUAGAAACGUAUCAAUAAUAUAUUACGCUACUAAAGGAAGCUUAUACUCAUUAGGGUUGUUAAAAACAUUUUAAUAUUAAGUUAUGAAACUGAAGGAGGCUUAUGCCACUGGCCAUACUCUGCUUCACAGAGCAUUUAUAUCACCCUGUCCCGUCCAAAAGUUUUCCGAAAAUAAAACCUCUAGUUUGUCUUUGUAUUCAAAAGUUUGGAAGCAACAAUUACACUUGCAAGAAGCAAAAAACUUUGCUUUCAGCUGUUUAAAAUACAGAAGGGUGUCUUCUAAAAAUAUUUGAGUUGUAUUCUAUUAAUAAUUAAUCAUGAACAAGUGUAUGUAAGCACAAUGCUAAAAAGAUAAAAUCAGCUGACAUCUAUAAACAUACAGAAUGUGUCCUACUUUAUUUUUUAAUGGGUACGUUGUAUUAUUUUCAUGGCUGGUUUUACAAAUGUGUAAAGAUAGAAAUGCAAAUUGGAUCAAGUCAUUGAUGGGUAAGGAGCACGCAGUUCCACAGACAAAAUGAAUGACAAUAUAAUCACUGUUGUAAAUGGUGCACAUCUGGGGAGUUUUACAGUGUAUUCUCUAGUACGUUUAGUCAUUUCAGAUAUGAAUUCAAAAAUCUAGAAUGGGAUAGUGGAUAGUACUCCGCCUCAUGGAUUCAGCUACUAGGUUUAAACCCUGUGGCUGGCCCUCAGAUCUGUCCCUAUGGAGUAUGCAUCUUCUGUCUGCUUUUCCAUGGGUUUUCCUUCAGGUAUUUUACUUUUUCUCCCUCACCCCCAAAGAUGAGCUUGUUAGGUUGGUUGAUGAUUCUAAAUUAGCCCUGUGCGGGUGUGUGUAUGAGUGAACGACUGGUGCUUCAUUCAGUUUGUUCCUGCUUUGCACUCAGUGCUGCCAGGAUAGGCUCUGCCCUCCAUGACCCUGAACCAGAUUGAGCAGGUUUAAGAACACAAUAUUAAUAGCAAUUGUUAGUGAUUUAUUUAUACAAUUAAAUGCAAUAUUUAUUUUUCUUAACUAAGAUAUUGUUGAAAUAUUAAUUUAACUUUGAAAUUGUGGAAAAGUUUCAAGUAAAUGUAGCAUAGAGUAUAUUAUAUCAUUUAGUUGAAAACUAGUUUUGUUCAGCAAGCAAUUUUUUUUUCUCUUGUUAACAUGAAAUUGUUCAAAAGUAACUUAACAUUCUCAAACCCACUUAAUCAAAUUUAGGGGUAACAUAAGAUAAAUAUGGUUGGGAAUAUGAUCAGACCAGAAAUGGUUUUUAUCAUGAUAGAAUGGUAUGUACAAUUUAUUAUUUCAUUAGCAGAAUGUUAUUGUUAGGGGGGAAAAUAGUGUUGUUCCAGGUUACGCUUGCAGUGGUGUGCACAGUCAGUUAACAUCAUUUAUGUAGAAUCACUUAUGGCACAACAACAUAACCUGCUUAAUCCCAUUCAGAGUAAUGUUGGGACAGGUGCUACACUGGGCACCCACGAUGAAACGUCCCUAGACAGGGUACCAGUCCAUCCCGGGGCCUGCUCACAUACACACACACUUGUAUGGGGCCAGUUUGGGAGAAGAUUGUUUAGUAUGGAUUUGGGGGGGGUGGGGUCGGGAUCUGGGCACAGAGUGACCUGUAGUGUACUGAUGUCCCCUCCAGAUCUGGCUCCAAAUUUGUGCUCAGAGUUACUAGGCUUUGUCCUCAUGCAUGUGUGGUGACUAAUGAACUGAUGGAUAGAUGAACGGUUAUCCAUAAAUGAAUUAUCAAUAUAUAUAGUGUGUGUGUGUAUAUAUAUAUAUAUAUAUAUAUAUAUAUAUAUAUAUAUAUACAGUGUAUCUAUACAGUAUGCUUGUGUACCUAAGAACCACUGAUAAGGUCAGUGCACCUAAAUUAUUUGAAGACACUUGUGGUGUACACAGCACUACAUCAUUUUGACAGGCGACUACAUAAAAGUGAACAAUGCCAUGGCGAAGCAAUAUUUCAGUUCUAUAUGAGCCAUGCAUGCAGAAAGCCAGAUUUAUACUUUUAAUAUGCUUUAUCUGAAAUUUAUUUUUGCAUUAAUAAUGGUUAAGUAUUAUAUAAUAUUUAAAAAGCAUAUUAUUAACAUUAUCAAUCUUUUUAGGCGAUAAUAAGGUGCCACAGGUCUCGCUGCCUUUUAAGACAGGAGUUUUUUUCUUUUGAUUAUCACAUGCUGAGACUUGUAUAAGUAAAAUGCAUAGUGUUCUUUCAGUUUAUGAGCCAUCUUUUAUUACUCUACAGCUCUGACUGGUGUUCAUUGUAUAUGGUAAUUCAACAUUAUGCUUUUUGAAUUUUCCUGCAAAAAUUAAGUUAGUUAUUUCCAUCUCUGCAGCAACUGCUGUUGUUUAAAUGCCACUAAAAAUGCCCAGCUUUAAUAACGUUGUAAGAAAACUCUUUCUCAAAACUUUUCAGAGUAAUAUCUCUAAGCAAAACAUUCUAAGAUUCAGUACUACAUUAAGUUUAUGUAGCAAUAAUCCAUUUGGUCCCAUUCUUUUGUCAUUAAUUUUGUCAUUGAGCGUUUUAAAUUUAAUCUUAACUAAUAUUUCUUCUGGGUAUUUACAGACAUGCAAAUGGUUAAAAUUCAAUGUUUAAUACAAUUGAAAUAGCUUGCUUUGAUUUGGGUUUAGGACUUUAGUUUGAAGUUUCAGUAACAAUAAUACUAGCAUAACUCAGUUUUAACUUUCAACUAAAGUGGUGUCACUGAAAAAGGACAAUGGCCAGGGUAUUCAUCAGUUCCUGACUACUUAUAAUCUUUUUGAAAGCCUCCUCAGGUAAUUGUACUGUUUUCACUAACUCUGAGCAAAUAUUUGUACUAGAGGAGAAUUAAGAUCUUCUGUAUGCCCCAUAUUUGUUAAUCAGCUAUCAGUAAUCAGCUAUUAUGCCUGAAAUCUUGGAUCAAGGUAGAAUCAGGAAGGAAAGCUAUUCCUGGUACCUUUUUCAGAAACACACAAAUCUAAACUCUGCUCUCUGUUGCAGAAUGUGUAUUUCAAGGCCCAAGCAUUGAUAGAUGGGUAUCGGUCCAGCAGGUUAUCAUCUGCUGAUGAUGGAUUACCUGAAGACCUUUUGUGAAAAAGUUUCAAAUGGAAACCUAAAUUUAAUACUGAAUGUAAAGAACCAAUACAAUAAAGAAUCACUAGGAUUACAUACAUCUUCAAGGUAACUUUCUUUCUGCAAAAUCUUGGUUUACUAUAUCCUGGGAUAGUUACAGAUACUAGUGUUUUUCUUAAUAUCUGUCAUGAACUCAUGAAUAGCUAUAGUGAAUUCCAGAGUAGAUGAAACGUCCAAAAAACAUCUAUUCAAAAAACGCAAAGGUUUUAUAUACCAGCUAGUGCAGUGUUCCAAACUUCAGUCAUUUCUAGAAGGCCACCGUGCAAGUCAUUUGAAGAGCAUUAUUAACAGAAGUUGCGAGUUAUCUUGAAAAUCAAUGUACGGUGUUAUUUUACAGUGUGCUAAAGUGGCCCAAGAGAUGGGUGACAUUGUCGUGGAUUUCUUAACAUUCCAGGUGUGCUCCUUUUCCUAAAAACUUUGAUGAUUUCAGUGCUGUGCAUGAGACUCAUUUUCCUGUAUACCUUCUGGACAAUUUGGCUCUUCUCUUCAUUUGUACACAUAUAAAUAAUAAUAAUAAAGCAAACAGCCUGUUUGUAAUAUUUUAGGAUGUUUUUUGCUUCGUUUCAGAAAUUAAUAUUAAUGCCCCAUGGCAUUACAGUAGGAUAGCCCAGAUUUAGUAUUUUGUAGGGACUCGUCCUCAGAUCUUCCUUGUAAGACCUUGGUGACACUUCAGAAUAGGAGCUUAGUCAAUUACUGCUGUGUAUAACAUGGUUUUUGUUAUUUUUUUUUUUACACAGCAGUAAGUGACUAAAUGGCGAGCAGUAAGUAGGUAAAAGUGUAUAAAGUGUAAUUGUUGCUUCAGUCUUAACAUGACUGAACACAGUGUUGAUAAAAUGCAGUAACUGACUAGGAGAUGCAACUCAGCUACCCCUAUUCUUAUGUAACCAAAUUCUCUGAUGUGGUCAGUUUAAAACGUUUAAAGAAGAUGCUUCACUAGCUUUAACUUCUUCAGAUUUAUUUUUUAUCUCCAUGAAAAGAAAAAGAAAAAUGGCAGUUUGCAAGAAAAUGACACAGAGGAUUAAUUUUCCCUUUUGUUGUUUUACAUUUCAGCUGGAAAUCUUUGUUUCCCAGUCUAUAAAGUCAACUGCUAGAAGCCUCAUAGUGGCAAUAAACUAUUAAGUGAGCACCUAAUGUGUAAAAUCGGUAGAAAAGCGGACACAAUGCAGCUGGGGGCGGAUGCAAGGAAGCAGGUGUCCUUCUGAAUUUUCAAAACAGUUUUAGCUGUUGAUCAGUUAGACUGCAGUGACCUCUAGUGGGGAUAACUUUUAAUUACAUGGUGCUAAGAACACAAGCCGGCCAGCAAUGUGUCCUUUUGCUCUCAAGCUAAUGCCUGCAUGGCUCUGCCCUUCUGAAAAGACCAAGACUCUUAUAUUUUUUUAAGCAUCUGUCGUGUACAGGUGUAGAACCCCUCCCAGUCAGGGUUUAACAAUGCAUUAUUCUUAGUAUCAGUAAUAAUAUAAAUAAUAAUAAUCAUUUUAUGUUAUGUCGUGUGUGCUUGUUGUUUUUCUUAUGGUCUAUCUGCAGAAACAAAAAGGCAUUGUGAAUUUUCCAGACUAAAUGUACAGAUUGUUUAAAUAUUUGUUGUAUACAGAUUUUUUUUGUUAUUAUAAGAAAAGAGGAAAUAACUGCAGAUUGUCCUCCUUGAAUAAGGACAUUUGAUUUUUGAGGUAUUCAUGUUGGUGUCACAAAGCCCUGGGAGUGACAGAAAAAAAGAGUGUUUCCUCAGGUACCUCUUCCCCUGAAAAGUCCUGCUCCAUUCCAAACAAUCAUAUUUGUUAUUCAUGAGUUCUUAUGUUUUAAAACCAAAUGGUCUUCUUUCAUGUUUAUUUGUUGUUUAGUAACAUUGCAGAAGCAUGACAGUGUACAAAACUUCUAAAUCAGUUUACUUUAAGGGUUACAUUUACCUAAGACAGGGCUAUGGCAACAUUUCUUUUCAUGCUUUUGGCAUAGAUAGAUAGAUAGAUAGAUAGAUAGAUAGAUAGAUAGAUAGAUAGAUAGAUAGAUAGAUAGAUAGAUAGAUAGAUAGAUAGAUAGAUAGAUAGAUAGAUAGAUAGAUAGAUAGAUAGAUUCAAUAUUAAAAAUAUUAAACAAAAUAUUUGGAUAAAAAGGUGAAAUUAGCACAAUAGUGUGCCAUUUUAGAAAUCCCCAACCUACUCUCCUUCAAGAUCAGAAGACAUAUACCUAUUUUUUGAUGUUUCUGUUUCUGCAAUGAUAUUAAACAUUUUUUUAAAUAUAUAUAUUUUUUUAUUUUGUAA